GGUUACCUCUUCCACACCGUUGAUGGCAAACAUCAGGAUUUGAAGUACAUCGAUCCAGAAAUGAUCGUCGCUAUCCUGAACGGCAGCUUUUCCGUCUUCAUCACGCAGUGCGUGAUCAUCGAUUGCAGGUUCCCCUACGAGUACGCGGGGGGUCACAUCAAGGGCGCCAUCAACCUUCCCAUGGAGCAAGACGUGGAAGACUUUCUGCUGAAAAAACCUCUCGUGUCCUCCGGCAAUAAGCGCAUCAUUGUCGUCUUCCACUGCGAGUUCUCCUCUGAGCGAGCCCCCCGGAUGUGCCGAUUCGUCCGAGAAAGGGACCGGCUUGGCAACCAGUAUCCCAGCCUGCAUUACCCAGAGCUCUACAUCCUCAAAGGGGGCUACAAGGACUUCUUCCUCAAAUGCAAGAGCUACUGUGAGCCCCAGAGCUACCGCCCCAUGCACCACAAGGACUUCAAGGAGGACCUGCGCACCUUUCGCACCCGGAGCCGGACCUGGGCGGGCGAGAAGAGCAAACGCGAACACUACAGCCGCUUGAAGAAGCUUUGAAGGGGGCUUCAAAGUCCAAAACGGACAGAAAUGUUU